AAUCAAAGAAGAAACCAGUCUGCUAUGUAAAACCUAAACCUAAACCUAAACCUAAACCUAAACUGAAGCUGAAACUGAAACUGCUGUUGUUGCUGCCCAAACCGAAAGGGCUAUUCAAUUCAAACCCUCCCUACCACUGCACUGCAGCACUUCUCCCAAAAUCCAAUCCAAUCAUAUUCCACAUCCAAUCUCAAUCUCCGCACGCCAAUUUUCCGAUCCAUGUCCCAUUCCCCAAACCAUAUUAUUCUCUUCAAUCGUCUCGUUCCCUCGCUCAAUUUCGUAUACGACUCGUUUCCCUGUCAAAGCUUCAGGGAUUUUCUUAAUUUAUUGUUUUUCCGGCAGGUUACCGUAUCUUCUUUAUUUCAUAUUCCCGGCGCGUUCUACCUUCAUUAUUGACGGGUUGUUGCAUUAACUGCUUUCUGGCCAUGGGUGACCCUGCUAAGGUCUUACUUUUUGGGUCAUUCUCCGAGGACGAAACCCGUUCAUUGCUAAACCAGUCAGUUACAAAUACCCAAAAGCCUUGUGAAGAGAAAGAAUUAGAUGCCGAUCCCCCAAAGCUUGGACCAGAACUGGCAUUUGGCAGUUUUAGUGCUGUUUUUGACUCAAAUGUUGCUUUUCCUAAUGGACCCGGAGAUGAUCUCAAAUCUGUUAUCCAUAAAGACAAUAAGAACUUAAGUGGGAAAUCAACUACCCAUUCCACACACACUUUGUUAGAGAAUGGGAAAAGUAACAACUACAGUCCUUCUCAUCACAAAGAACAAGAAGUAACUGAUGGGAUCGGUUUUUAUGCAUUAAAUGUAUCAGAUGAAAUACCAACCUCUGAGCUUUUGAAUUAUGAAGGUGCAAAAUUCAAUGGCACAAUCAGCGAAUCCACAGUUGCAGUGCCUCAUAAGGAGGCUCAGUCAAAGACGGAUGUGCCCAUUUUAGAUACUCGAGAUCUUUUACCUCGGGGCUUGGUCAACUCCGGAAAUUUGUGUUUUCUCAAUGCCACAUUACAGGCACUUUUGUCCUGCUCUCCAUUUGUUCAUCUUUUGAAAGGACUAAGACAUUGCAACAUUCCAAAGGCUGGCUGCCCUACAUUAGCUGCAUUUGCUGAGUUCAUUGGCGAAUUUGAUGCAGUCAGUGAAACAUAUGAAAAGAAGAAAGAUAAAGCUGUCCUUGAAACUGGCAGGCCCUUGAGACCUACCAUGUUUGAAGGUGUGUUAAGAAAAUUUACUCCAGAUGUAUUGAGUAGCAUUUCAGGAAGGCCAAGACAAGAGGAUGCACAAGAGUUUCUAAGUUUUAUUAUGGAUCAAAUGCAUGAUGAAUUACUAAAGCUUCAAGGUCAAUCCCAGUUGGAUGGGAUGAAUACAUCCUCCCUGGUUUCCACAGCAGAAGAUGAUGAGUGGGAAACAGUUGGACCAAAGAAUAAAUCUGCUGUGACUAGAACACAGAGUUUUGUUCCUUCUGAGCUCAGUUCAAUUUUCGGUGGACAACUGCGAAGUGUUGUGAAGGCUAGAGGAAACAAAGCCUCUGCAACCGUUCAGCCAUUUUUGUUGCUUCAUCUGGAGAUCUCUCAUGAAGUUAUUCGAACUAUUGAAGAUGCCCUUCGUGUGUUCUCUGCACCAGAAACACUUGAUGAGUACAGAGCAUCAACAGCUGGAAAGGCAGGGGUUGUUGCUGCCCGAAAAUCUGUCAAAAUUCAGGCACUUCCAAAGAUAAUGAUCUUACAUCUGAUGCGAUUUGGCUACAGCAGCCAUGGGAGCACCAAAUUGCAUAAGCCUGUACACUUCCCUCUCGAACUGGUUUUGAGCCGUGAUUUGCUUGUUUCUUCUGGAGUGGAGGGGCGAAAGUAUGAACUUGUUUCGACAGUAACUCACCACGGAAGAGAAGCAUCAAAAGGGCACUACACUGCCGAUGUUCGUUACCCAAAUGGCCAGUGGUUGCGGUUCGAUGAUGCAUCAGUUGCUGCAAUCAGCACAAACCAAGUGUUGCACGACAGAGCUUACGUCCUCUUCUACAAACAGCAAUAGGACCACCGAUUGAGAAUCUCUAACACUAAUUUAUCAUUUAGGGUAAUGUUAUCAAUGUUCGCUUGGAGAUUCAGAGUUAAUCAAUCUAUCUGCCUCUGGAAGCCACGCAAGUCUUGGUCAGGCGAAUUGUCGAUGGUAAGCGUGGAUGCAGCAGCGGUGGUGGCGGGAGUCGAUUUUGUGGCUGCAGUAAGAAAGUUUUGGUAAUUAAAUUGGAGCCUAGUGUUGCUAUGUUUGCGAUGUACUUCGGAAUUUUUAAAUUUCACAAUGUAGAGAAAUAGAAUGUGUUAUUCUUCUACCGCUUGUUUAGGGAAAAUUAUAUAUAUAUAUAUAUAUAUUUAGCAUAUUGAGCUCAAUUUAAUUAUCAUCCUAGUGUUCUUUUAAUGUGAUGUAUUAUAAUAUAUAUAUAUAUAUAUGUAUUAGUGAAAUUGAGUUUAAAUAGUAAAAUUGUGUAGAUUUUCCCC